AUGCCAGCCAGAGUCUCGAGGUCUUCACGAGCCGCUGGCGGUGGUCGCGCCACGGCCACCUCCAACGUCGACAUCCCCGACGAGGGCCCAGACUCUACCCUCCGCACACAAGUCGCCGCCGUCUUCCGCGACGCGCAGAAGACGACAGCCUCCCACAGAAAGCUGGUUGUCAACCUACGCAAGAUCCACGAGUCUUGCUGCUACGAGCCUACAAAACCCACCAAGAACCAGACAAAUACCGAAGACUUUGACGAGAAUGACUUCAACCGCGAGUUCGUCCGCUGCGUCGUGCGGUCGAUGCCGGUGAAGAAGAGCGAGAGCGUCGGCGAUAAGACGAUACGCUUUGUCGGCCUGUUCCUUCGACAUGCCAACGACAAGGACAACGAGAUGCUGGGAGAGGAGGACGCGGAUGCUAGCACCAUGCCCGAGACACCAAGCACUAGAUUGACGACGCAGCUCAUGGAGUCCAUACUGCCGUUGCUAAUGGCCAAGGACAAGCUCUCGCGCUUCAGAUCUACACAGCUGAUCUCACACAUAAUCAACUCUCUCGAUGCCAUCGACGACGACUUGUUUCAGAAGCUCCGCCAAGGACUUCUCAAGCGCAUCCGCGACAAGGAGGCCAUGGUGCGAGCCCAAGCGGUGCUCGGCCUCGGACGACUGGCAGGCAAUCAGGUAGAAGGCAUGGCCAAUUCGGACGACAGCGACGACGACGCCGAGACGGGUCUCUUGGAGAAGCUGCUCGAGGUGCUGCAGAACGAUCCCAGUGCCGACGUGCGGCGAUCGCUGCUGGUCAACCUGCCCAUCCUCCCCAACACGUUGCCAUACCUGCUGGAACGUGCUCGCGACUCGGAUGCGCAGACUCGCAGGGCAGUCUAUUCCAGAUUGCUUCCUGCCCUGGGUGAUUUCCGCCACCUGUCGCUCUCUAUGCGAGAGAAGCUGCUGCGCUGGGGUCUUCGCGAUCGAGAUGAGAACGUCCGGAAGGCUGCCGGCAGACUGUUCCGCGAACGCUGGAUAGAGGACUGCGUUGGGCUAGAACAGCCUGCCGACGGUGACCGGCCAGCCGAGGCCGCUCCGGUUAGCUUUGACGGCCUGCUCGAGCUGCUUGAGCGUAUAGAUGUGGUCAACUCGGGUGUCGAGAAUGGCGUCGCGCUCGAGGCCAUGAAAGGGUUCUGGGAGGGCCGGCCCGACUACCGCGAGGCAGUGACCUUUGACGACCAGUUCUGGGAGACAUUGAGCGCAGAGUCUGUUUUCAUGGCUCGCAGCUUCAACGAGUUCUGCCGCACAGAGGGCAACCGCAAGUACGAGUCGCUCCUCGAAGAGAAGUUGCCCGAAGUUACAAAGCUUGCCUUCUUCCUCGAACGUUAUCUGAACGUCCUAAUUGAGGCUAUUAGGAAACUCAACAAUCAGGAGAACCUGGACGAGGAUGAAGAGGAGGAGGACACAGUCGAGCAGGAGUUCAUAGUGGAGCAGCUGCUACAUAUUGCACUGACCCUCGACUACUCCGAUGAGGUUGGCCGCAGAAAGAUGUUUGCGCUGCUGCGACAGUCCUUGUCCAUCGCAGAGCUUCCGGACGAGGUGACCAAGCUGACGGUGGAGGUUUUGCGGGACCUCUGUGCGCCGGACAACGCCGGCGAGAAGGAGUUCUGCAGCGUGGUGCUCGAGUCUGUUGCAGAUAUCCACGACACGCUCAUCGACGAGGAGAACAUGGACGAAGACGAAAGUUUCCACUCGGCGAGAUCAGAAGUCAGCCGCGACAGCACCCCAACUCGAGGCAAGAAGAAGGGAGCCGAGCUCAGCGAAGAAGAGGCACGCGAGAAGGCCAUCAAGGAGAUCAUGAUCAACAUGAAGUGUCUUCAUGUUGUCCAGUGCAUGCUCACAAGCGUCGAGGGCAAUCUUCAGCAGAAUGACCACUUGGUGGCGAUGCUGAACAAUCUGGUUGUCCCGGCAGUGCGCAGCCAUGAGGCGCCAGUGCGCGAGCGCGGCCUUGUCUGUCUCGGCCUAUGUGCGCUGCUGGACCGCCCACUUGCCGAGGAGAACUUGACACUGUUCAUGCAUUUCUACAGCAAGGGGCACGCGGCGCUGCAGAUCACUGCGAUUCAUAUCCUUACAGAUAUCCUCAACGUCCACGGUGCGCAACUGUUGUCGGCAAACCCUACACUGCUCAAAGUCUAUGUCAAGGCAUUGAGGUCAGGCACGAAGCAUCCGGAAGUACAAGGCGCAGCUGUUGUCGCCGUCUCCAAGCUUCUGCUCGGCCGCGUUGUUACAGACAGAGACACGUCUGGCGAGCUUCUGAAGACUCUGAUCGUUGCUUAUUUCGACCCGGCCACGGCUGAGAACCAAGCAGUACGACAAGCGCUCAACUACUUCCUGCCCGUGUUCUGUUUCUCAAGGACCGAGAACCAGGAUCUGAUGCGCUCGGUGGCCCUUGACGCCCUCCACACUCUGUACAACGUCCGCGAGGGACUCGAUGACGACGACAUUGACGUCAACGAGGAGAUGGCCAGUCUGAACUCUAUUGGAUCGUGCCUGGUGGACUGGACUGACCCGCGCAAGUGCUUCACACCCGGCAUGGACAUGGAUGCGGACAAGCGGAAUGUCAAUGGCGAUGUGCAUCUCGAUUUUGCUCGGGACAUCCUUGAGAAGCUCGACAGCAAUUUCAGCAAGGAGGAGAAGAAGACGAUAGCGCCACUGCUGGGCAAGCUGUAUAUCUCGCCAGGCUCUUCAGAAGAAAAGAUCCGUGAGCUCUAUGCCGAGGCCAACGCGGCCGUGGACGACAACCUGCUGACCGACGCGACGGGCCGCAAUGCACUGUACAAGCUGCACGUGAGCCUGGGCAAGAUUGUAAACUCGUACACGGAGCAGGACCGGGGCUCGACGGCUCCCAGGCGGACCGCGAGCCGGAGCGUGUCUGCCGCGCCGUCGAUGCUGGACGAAGACCGGACGAUCACUGGGGACGAGCCUACCGUCAUUGCUGUGCAACCACGCAUUGACGAGGAGGACACUGAUCAUGACCUGUCUGUCGCGGCGUCCAGUCGGCGGGGAUCCGUCGUGGAUGACAUGUUGACGGAUGAGGGGGAGAUGGGGCAGUGA